GGUUUGCAUUGGUAUUUAAUUUAAGACUUAAAAAAAUAUAAGAAACAUGUACCAAGUAAUAACAUCCAAUAAAAUCUAGUCUCGCAGUUCGAAUUUUCAAAUUUAGAAUAAGUUCGGUACUGGAUAUGAAAAAUUAUUCUCUUUAUACGAUGAGGAAUUGGUGUUUUCUUUAUUUAUCUGGAAAGUAAAAAAAAUUUUGUAUUUAGAAUCUGUAAUAUAAUCUAGUCUGGCUGUGUUUCCUUUCUCGAUAUUAUUGUGUUUUUGUGGUACCGUUCUUAAAAGUUACAGAUUGUUUUUUGGAGUUUUCGUUAUUAUUACUGAGUUCGGUAAUGUUUUUAUAUUUUGUGUAUUAGUUAAAGUAAAGAGUAAGUCAGAAAAUGUAGUGCAUUCCUGUCUGGGCGUCUUCUUUCUUUUCGCGAUUUUCAUAAUGAAUUACGUUACGUAAAUAUAAGCUUCGAGACGGCCAUUUUCCCUGCCUCCCUCUCUGUCUGUACAUCAAUAUUCAGCUAAACUCCCCAGUGUUUCCAGACUUGAAGUGAAGAAAAAAGAGAAUUGACCACGGAAAUAGAUAAACAACCCCAAAAGUGCCUCAAAUAAGACAUUGAGUAGUGCCCCGUUCAGAGCGCACACUCCGAAAACGCGACGUCAUCAGACCUUUCCCCUUGGCCGCCACUGUGUGUGUGUGUGUGAUUCACACACACUGCUUGUCACCCAGCAAGCCGUUCCCCUACGGAAAGAGCUCAGACUGAUCUUCGGGCGCCAUGUUCGACCAGGAUUCCAGGGUGAUCCAGAGCGCCUUCCUGCACGCCAUCCAGCACUACAGUCAAAACACCGCGGGCAGGAGGCUUCAGCUUCACGCCUUUGUGGGCAUCAUCAGUAUGGCGGAUGCCUUCAAGAUCUCCAGACUGAACAUUGAGAGAAUGGAGCGGGUGGAGCCUAUUCUGAAGUUCUACGUGGGGCCAACUCUCCUCCACUGGGCGGCAUCAAAGGGCUACCAUGACCUGGUGGUUGACCUCCUUGUUCGGGGCUUGUCUGUGGAUGCUUGUGACCGGUUGGGCCGCACUCCACUGGGGCUGGCCACCUUUGCCGGCCACUCUAGCACUGUCAGCACCCUGCUGCAGGAGAACGCCGCUCUCUCUGCUGAAGACAAGGACUGGAGAAUAAUAUCGCGUGAGGAGGUUGGUCUCUGCUUAGUUCGGGUCAUUGAAGAAACUGCCGUGUGUUCCUUUGACGCGGCGAGGUCAGAAUGCUUCACUCUGCUCUACCUGGCCGCCCAGCAAGGCUACCCGAACAUGAUGCAUCGGCUUCUGUCCCUGAAGGUAUCACCAGACGUACGUAACAACCAAGGCGAAACCCCGCUGUUUGUCACGAGCCUGGCAAUGCCCUCUUCCCCCCUUCACAUCACAAGGCACUGGGGUCAGGUCAGGUCAGGUGAACUUGAAAUCGUACAACAGCUUCCCCCCCACACAGGCCUACCAAGACCUGCCGGCACCAUAUGAGGGACAUGGAGAUCAGAAAAUAUUAUGACCUUAAGCACAUUGGUGAUGAGGGUCACGAUCACCAACGUCAUGGAGGCCAUACUUGAGUCGGCCUUUCAGUUAAUUCUGCAGCUGUAUAUCGUUGGGAUGCAUUACA